GCUUCGGGCGCGUCGUAGGCCGGUCGUCACGGGGCGGCGCAAGGCCUCCUGGGAGGUGUAGUCCGCAGGCUCCUGUCGUCGGGUGCUCUCGGGGCUGGCGGACUACACGUCCCAUGGGGCCGAGCGGCUAACAGCCUGGCGCCCGGGACGCCGCGCUCUGCCUUUGGCAGGGCGGCUAGUUCAAGUUGCCAUAGCGGCGGGGCGGGGCGCGGCGCGGUGUGGCGCGGCGAGACGGGCGGUUGGUCGGUCGAAGUCGCGGGCUGGGUUCGCCGCGCCGAGGUGAGGGCGAGGCGGCUCCUUUCUCUGCAACGCAGCAUCGGCUUCUCCCUCUCCCCUCCGGCUGACGUCAUCCUUUAGCGCCCCCCCCCACCCGGGGGCUCUCCGGGGCUUCAGGAUUUCAAGACGUCAAUGGCAGAAUCAUCCAGUGAUUCAGAUAGCUUUCGUCGGCAUCGAGUUGGAAGCCGGGGCCCGCUAAGGGCGACACACAUCAGAGCUCGAAACCAUGGCACCGAAGAAGUUACUGAGAAGAUUCAUACUUUAGCAAGCACUCUACAGGAUACCAACAGAAACCUGAAGCAUGUUGACCAGAUGCUAGGACAGUACAGAGAAUAUAACAGGGAACAGACCGAAGCCAUAGCAACUUUAAAGGAGACACUAGAAGAAUCUAUAAGUCAGUUAAGGAGUCAACGACUGUCCAGGAAUUCUGGAAUGAGAAGUGCCUCUCUUUCAAGCUUAUGUACAAGUGACCUGGAUGGUGAAGCAAUCGUUGGGAGUCACCAUUUCCAGCCUACCUCUCCUCUCAGGGAUUAUGGAGAUUCACGGGGUACUAGACGUCGGAGGUCUAGAUCUGCUACUGUCCGGUUUGUUGACGAGACAGAUAAUUUGGACCAGCUGCACUGCUUACACCAGUCCCUUCGAGACCUCACCAGUGAACAGGUUCGCCUCGGAGAUGAUAUCAGCAGGGAGCUUUCAAGAAGAAAUCGGACUGAUGCAGAAACCAAAAAGACUUUGGCAGAGUUGUCUGAAAAAAUCAUUGAAUCCCAAAGGCAGGAAACGGUGUCAGAACGGGUAGAGAGAAGACUCCAGGAGAUAGAACAAGAAAUGCACGCAGAAAGGCAGCUGGUGGAAAGCCGCCAAAACCAACUGGGACAUAUGUCUUUGCAGUUGCAAGAGGCUUUAAGGAAACGAGAUGACAAAACUGAUGAAAUGGAAGAACUUAUGAAAAGUAAACUUCUGAAAUCUGAAAGUGAAAAGAAUCAACUAAAGGAGGAGGUGAUGCGGUUCCGGAGGAAGUUGGAUCAGUCAGAAGUUGGUCGAGAAGUUCUUUUACAUCAGAUUGAGGAUCUUCACUGCCAACUCCUAAGAGCAGAAGAGGAUCGCGUGGAUUUGCAGCAUCAAAUAUCUCAGGUCACUAUGCACCGCCAAACUUACCCAGAUGACAAAGAAGAUGAUAGGAGGAUUAGAACAGUGGUUGAAAGGUCUGAGCGGGAGAAACAAGAGCUCGAGAAACGUAUUCUGAAACUAAGAGCAAAGCUGAGCCAGUGUGUUGUAGCCUCGGAAGUGGAAGAGCUGAAGCGAUGCAUAGAGCACAAGGACAAAGAGAGAAUGCAACUUACAACACACAUAGAGGUGCUAACAGCUGACUUGGAAAGCAGGGAGAAGCAGCAGCAAAGAAUGCUAGAGCAGCUGAAGGAGAUACAGAGCUGCUAUAAGACUUGUGAGAAUGAACGUAGACAAACUGAACUCCAGACUGCUGAACUGGCUCAACAGGUUGAAGAGGCCACCAAGGAAGCAGAACAGUACCUUGUUGAAUUCAAACAGUCUGAGGCCCUUAGGCUGGAGGUUGAAAAGAAGAAAGAGGAGCUGAAGGUGAAGGCUCAGGAAUCCAUUCGACAAUGGAAGCUAAAAUAUAAGAAAUUGGAUCGUGAGAUGGUGAAACAGAAUGAAACUGUCAAUCAGCUAAUGGACAAAAACAGUCAGGUUCUUAAAGAAAAGGAUGACUUAAAGGGGCAGCUUCUGUCUGCUAUACAGCAAAUAGAAAAUCUUCGGAAAGAGCUGGAAGAUGUCCUUACCAAGACGGCCCAGCAAGAAGAGGAGCUUCAUUGUAAAGAUGUGAAGCUCAGUGAAAUGAAGUCUCAGCAGAUAGCUCUGGAGCAAGAAAUAAGAGAAGUCCAAGAUACUGCAAACAAGUUGGAAAGCAAGCUGCAAAAGCAGAUCCUGGUACAAAACCAGAUGAAAAUUGAAAAAGACCAGUUAGAGAAAGAACUUGCAACCACUAACAUGAUUCAUGAAAAGGACCAGGAAAGACUCAUAGAGAUGCAAGCAGAUAUCAAAAACUUAAGUGCCAUUCGGGCAGAGUUAACAAACAGAGUAACAGAGGAAGAGAAAGCCAAGAAAGAGUUGUGCAAAAGCCUCUCAGACCUCCAGAAACAGCAUGAAUCUAAGCAGGAAGACAUGACCACAGCUAGUAGGCAGCUAAAGAUGGAGAGAGAGGUUCACCAACAGGAGCUGGAAGAUACUAGGUCAGAGCUGCAGAAUGUGAAAACAAAGCAUGAGAGAAAUGUUCAAGAGCUGAUGAAGCUUUUUAGACAAGAAAAGACUGAGGCAGAGACCCAAAUAAGGAUGCUGAAGAAAGAACUUCUCGAUGAAAAAAAUGUAGUAAAGGUUCAGCGUCGACAGCUGGAGAAGAUGAAGAUGGAGUGUGAUAAACUGACAGAAGAGUUAACCCAGAAUGAAGAGGAAAAUAUAAAACUUAGGCGAAAAUAUGAGCUUGUGAAGAAGGAAUUGGAGGAAAAGGAUAAACAGAUGAGCAAUGAAGAAGAUCACAUGCAGAGAAUGGAGGAGGCCAGAUUGCAGCUUAAGGAUCAACUGCAUCGCCUGGAGAUGGAACAGGAAUCUAUUCUCAAUAUGAUAGGAAGUGAAAUAGAAGCUGCUUGUGAAAUCUUCUUCAGGGACUCUGUGGAGAAGUUUAGAGCAAUAUCACUUGCACCUGGGUUGCAGAAUGACCCUCAUCGGUGGUUAGCAGAAACAAAGACAAAACUUCAGUGGCUAUGCGAAGAGGUAAAAGAAAGAGAAAGCAAGGAGAGGAAGUUGCGACGCCACCUACUGCAGAGUCGUGAGCAGGUUAAGCACUUAACACUGAGCAAGGAAGCUGAAUGCCAGUCUCUCUUUCAACAAAUAGAAAAGCAGGAACUACUCCUAGAAGAAGUUCACAGAGAAAAGAGAGAACUACUGGAGAAGACUCUCAGAAGAGAGGAAGAAAUGGGAGCUCUGCAGGAUCGUGUAAUGGCCCUAGAAACAAGUACCCGAGUGGCCUUAGACCAUCUGGAGUCUGUUCCUGAGAAACUCAGCCUUUUAGAAGAUUUCAAAGAUUUUGGAGAAGCGUAUCGCCAGAGAGAGAUGAUUGAAGAGAGAUACACUAGAUAUAAAGAAAUAGUGGGAUCCCUACAGCAGCAGCUGGAAGACUCAAAAAAAAAGAUCCAACGUUUCAAGGAGGAGGAAACACAUGAUGAUAUUUCUGACAUACAAGCAGCAGCCCUAUCGUCCACCUGGCGACCUAAAACCAGCUUUAUGUCGAGCUCACCACUUUCAGAUUCAGCAUUAAUAAAAAGAAUGGUUCCCUUUGAUCUAAGUACAACCAAGGAAGAUUCCAUUAAUGUAACUCUCAAUGGAAUGAAGUAACAAGUGGAAAAAGAGAAGCGCUAAAGCAGCUAACAAGUGUGCAGAAGUACAGCAGCUUUCUUUGUGGGAAAUUCAGUUUUACACCAUUGUUUUAAAACAGUAGCAAUUCCAGCUGGAGUCAGACACAGCUGCACUUUGGGGAGUGAUGGAGCUUCAGUAAAUCAGCAGUUGCCAAAUAUUGACUGAAGGUGCAUGACAUUUGUUUCUCAGGCAUGAGACUGUUUAAACAUGAUGAUACGGUAUGUACCAUGUCUGCCAAAAGGUUUUGUGGCACAAGGGUAUGUUCCCUUUGUAUUUGUUUAUAUGGUUCCCCUGGUUGCACUGUUACACACUGGUUAUAUGUCUUCUGAUAAUUCCAACCUAAGAACCAGUACAUAAAUUUUUGCUCAGAACAUAGUGUGUACAGAACAGGUAAGGAAAUUUGGAUGACACUUAAAUUUAGAUAAUAUUUAAUAAUUUAAUAAUCAAAAAAUGAUGAAUAGAAAGUGUAUUUGUCCUAACAUUUGAUUUAUAUCAUGUUAUAAAGACAUGUUUACAUGGUUUUGGGUAUUCCAGUUUAUAAAAACUAUGGAACCAGGUCAUUGCUGUGAAGCAGUUAAGACUAAAUGGAACGAAAUUUCUCUGAAGCUGGAAGGAAUUAAGAUAAUGCUGUCAGGUUCAGUCUUUCUCUACUAUUAGCUGUUUAAUGUCAUGCUUAAUUCCAUAAUAUAUAAUAUCUUACAAUAUAAUAUAGCAAUAAGUCAUUGUGAAUGAGGUUCAGCAGACACUGGUUCUAUUCCCAGCAUUGCCACUUACUGCAUGAUCUUUUGAAGGUCACUCAGUCUCUUUAUGAUUCAAGGUGUGGACAAGCUAAACAAUUAUAUCAUUUUAAAAGUAAAGAGAGAAGAUGCUUAAAUUAGACCAGCUGAAUCCUUUUAAUGGUUUCAUCCAUCCAUUCCUAUCCCACAUAAAUGGAAAUUAAACCAUGCAGCUUACCCUUGAAAGCAACUGGGUUAAUUUACCCUGGCUUAGCUUCAAUUACUGUGGGGUAGGAAUGGACAGAUGAAACAAUCAUGGCUUAUCUGAUAUAAUCUCACAAGCAAUAAGUCCCUCCUCUCAAAGCAAUACAGUUGUCCGUCUGUCCAUGUCCUCAGUUUCCUACUCUGCAACAUGACCUAAAAAUACCCAUCUUUAUUAAGCACUUUGAAAACCUUUCAUAUUCAUUGAUGCUGUAUGAAUAGGAAAAGCUGUUCAUUUUUAAAAGUGAUUUCAUAUAAUCAGUUACCAUUUUUAUUAUUUAGAAAUACCACUUAAAUGUUAAAGUGCUGCUGAAAAUACUUAUUACUAUGUGUUUUUAUGUUUGCUGAGGACCCGUUUAAUCAAAUUAGAUAUGCUUCCUUAGAAACAUCCAAGACAAACUACUCUUUAGCUUCUUUUUCCACUGUCUCAAGGAACUUCAAUAUUUGCACAAGUCCUGGCUCAGUUCACCUGUCUUUAGUGGUGACUCAACCUGGAACACUGAAGUGCCUUAAAGAGCCAAUAUAUUGGCCAAAUGCAUUAGGAAAUAUCAUAGAACUAUGAACUACAUCAUUGUGGGUCUGUUGUGUCAGCUUUUUCUUUGUGUAGUGAGCCCAUUCUUUCUUUGAAAAACUGUGAUUCUUACUAGCACCGUCAAUAGACAUGAAACUUUCAGUCGUCAUUCCCAUGUCACUAUGUGCCAACUAAGGAACAGAUGGUGCUUUCUAAAAGUUUCCUUCAAAAGGAUUCUGGACACAAAGCCAGGAUAGUGAUUCUGUUGGAGGAAGUCCCUUCCACAGCUUGUCUCAAGUACAGAUUAAUGCUGAAGGCAUCAAAAUCAUAGGCUUUGUUGAAAAAGGGAUGAGAAGAAAUACUGGAAUUGCUUCACUUUGUAUUAAUAUUAUGUGCACAUGCAGUAACUUGAUUAUAUGAAAAUAGCCAUUCGCUAUUUCUCUUGUGUCUCAUAAGAGAUUAGCCUGUCUGGCUUGAAGAUGUUUUCUUUGACUUCUAGAUGUGCACACUGUAGGCUGUACUAGUGCUGGCACUAGCCCUUUACAGACUGCUGGCCCAUCUGCUACUUCUGAAGGUCAGAAAAGCAUAGCAGGGGCAUCCAUCUCUUCUACUCCGAAUGGCUGUGUCAGGGCCAGAACAAAAAUCUGCACAAAUAACCCUCUCCACCAGUGAAAACAAGGUUAAUGAAAACUUGUUUCUGUCAUGGAAUAGGAAAGAGCUUGGACAUCAUGAAUUACAGUUUUAAAUCAGUCUGCCAUUGCUGUAAACUAAGCCAACUGUAAAUGCAUCCAGCGUUUGUAAUUUAUUUUUUUAAUUAGAUCAGGUCACAGCUGGAAAUUGGGUGUUUAAAGCAUUUCAGCCAGUUUGCCUGGUGAAAUGUAGAAAAUCUGAAAAUAAAAUGUCAGCAGCUUCCUGAGUUUAUGGUGCAUACAGAUAAUGGUUAAGAGAAAUACAGGAAGGUCAUUUUAAACAAUGUUUUGGAAAACAGUAAAUCAUGCUCUUAAAAUAUACCAUGUUGUAAUGAGAUUUGCUUAAAGAGACCCACUGUAUUUUAUAUUUGUGAAUGGCUAGAUGAGUGCCCAAAACCUUUUACUGAAACUAAGCAUCUUCCAUAGUAAAUGCCUGCUUAUAAGCAGGCCAGGCUGAAAGCUGGCAACUUAGUCUCAGUUCAGAAGCAAAAUUGUUAUAUUUGUAAAAAUAAAAAUCUCUUUGCAUUUCUCAAGGAAUGGGCUAAAUACUGGAUAUUCAUUGUUUUGGCUUUUAUUUCUUAGGGGUGCACUGAUAGAGGUUUUUUUUGAGCUGAUAUCGAUAGCCAAUUUUUAAGGAGGCAUAUUGGUGAAUAGCGAUCCAAUUUCCCAUACACAGCCUGGCAGCUUGAAGAGCAGCGUAGGCUAGUAAGUCUGUUGU